AUUAACAGAAACACAACCAGGUGUUUAUCUUGUUGGAGUAGGUGAGGAUACAGAAACCGCAUCGUAGGAAUCGUUGUUUUCUGCACUUAAUUUUGUUUUUCCAUUUCAUCAUGGAAAUAUAAAAUUGUUUAAGAGAGCGUUAGUAAGGGGACACAUGAUCCAUAGCCAGAAAUAUAGUAAAGUAAGACAAAGAAACAGCUACACAGUAUCGUAUGCUCAACAUGGAGAAAUUUGCUAUGGAGAAGUUCUCUUCUUUGCAGAAGUAGUUGAUCCUGAGAUAGAUGAAAGUUCCGCAUAUGCCUUUGUAAAAGGCUAUGUGAAGAAGGACAUGAAUUUGGUAGCUGAUCUUACAACCAAUUUAAAGACCUAUGGGCUUCUAAUAUUCGAGAAAGAAAGGCAAGAUGGCAUACGACUUGUGAGAUUAGAAAAGAUCAACCAGAAAAUUGUUUUGAUGGAGUCUGAGCACAUGUUUAUUGGAGGAAUAUUCCCGAACUUUUAUGAAAAGGACUGAUGAAUCAAUGUGAUAAAAAUGUGUCAUGAUUUUGAUUUGAUAAUGUUAUUUAGAGUAAACAAAAUAGUUUCUGUUGUUAUCUGUUACAACAGUGCAAAUUUUAAGUAUUUUAAUUUAACUGCAGUAUUCAAACAAAAUUCAUUUCGUUUGCCAGACAAUCCGUUUAUGUAGUAAUCAAAUAAAUAGACUUUUAAACAUUUUGUAUGAAAACAGCAUUAUCAUAUACAUGCAUGCACUGUUCAUCAUUGUUUUAGGAGUAAAGCUCGAUAAAGUCUUAAUCCCAAGCAUGUGUCAGGGUUAUUUUCAAUAUUC